UUGUAGGCGGUCACGGAGUGUGGAGGACAAAGAUAUCAGAUCAGUUCUCCAUACUGAAAAAUGACGAGGUGUCCGUGUUAUACUGUUUUCUGUGUUCUGACUCCGGUCCUCCUGACUUCACUGACACACAGUGGCUGGACUUGCUUAAUGUGAUACGAUUGAAAGUGUACUAUAAAAGGAAUCCUGUAACACGUGCGGAAGCACAACAGACUCUGGACAGACUGAAGUCACGUGAUUACCUUUGGGAAGAUCAGGACAAGAUAACGGAAGACACAAAGGAUGAGACAAUGUAUAGGAUAGUAUCAGAAGACCAAGAUAUACCAUUCUAUUACAGUAGUUAUGAUACAGCCAGUGUGUACCUGAGAUCACAGAGAUACAACAGUAAACCUGGAGAGAAGUGUGUCAGUAGUUGUGAUAUCUUACUGAUACUCCAUUUACAGAUGAACGUACUGACUCACGUCAUCAUGGAGGACACGAGUAUAUAUAAUGAGAUACACCAGAUAUUAAAUAUCCCAGACAAUAUACUGAACGAGGAUGAGGAUAAAAGAAAACAAUUUCUAACGGAUCUAAGAAGAGAAGGGGAGACUGUACAUUACAGAGGAAGAUCACAUGACAGUGUAGAUCACGUGACAUGGCUCUGGAGAUACUGGGUAUACAAUAGACCUGACAUCGUGAGAUCCUGUAUAGGAUUAUAUCCACACAAUGAUAUUUAUAUCAUCGACAACAAACCUUACAGAAAACCAAGUAAAAAGAAAGGUGUACAGCUUAACAAUCAACCGGGUGUCAGGUGUCUACUGUAUUCUCUACUGUUAACUGAGAAAUAUCAGCUGAAUCUCAAUGAACAAUCCCACAGGAUCAUAAGGGACAAAAUCAGAGACAGAUAUUUUACUGAUGUUACGGAUGACGACUUGGUAGAUUUUCCUGAAGGAUUCACAGAAACACGUGACGGUGUGAUAACGUUUAUAUCAGACGACAUCCGACAUGACAUCAUGUACGCCUUUGUUACGGAGUGUCUGUUGGAGGACAGUGAUCUGGAGUUUUUCCUGACCACGGCGUCACGUGACGUGAUCUCAGAAUACUGCCGGUCCUGGUGGUAUAAGAGGAGUGAGGGAGAGAGAUGUCUGUAUGUACCGAUGGAGCCGGAGGAGAUACACGACCUCUUUAUAGACAAUCUACAGCUGGACAUCAUCACACACUGUACCGUGUCUGACAAGUUGAUUCAUGACAGGAUCAGUAAACGUUUGAACAUACCUGAAGAAGUGUUAAAAUGGGAUUUAGAAGAAAGAAAACGGUUUGUUGACAAAAUGAAUAAAGAUACUGUCCAUAUGUAUCGUGCCAGAUGUCUCUUAGUGGGAUGUACAGGGGCAGGGAAGACAACUGUACUACGUAAUCUGAAGAGAAAGAAAGGAGGGGAGGCAACCGAUCAACCAACAGAGUCAACUAUAGGAUUGGACGUUCACCAGGAUCUGUUUCUUAUUGGAGAAUCUGAGGAUGACAGUGGCAGCACUCUAAUUGACUACGAAAGUCACACAGCUCCACUUGCAGAAAACUACGAAAAACGCCUACUAAGUGUGAUGGACUUUGCAGGACAGGCAGCUUAUUACGCUUGUCACCAAGUCUACUUAUCACGCAGAGCAAUUUAUCUGUUAGUCGUAGACAAGACCCAAGACUUAAACACAAAACUAAAACAAGAUGACAGAAAUUGUGUUCAGGGCACUCUGUUUGAGGAAUGGACUGCACUAGAAUAUUUCACCUUCUGGCUGCAGACUAUUAGAACAUAUGGCAAGGAAGACGGUUACAAAGGUUAUAAAAGAAUACCUCAAAUUACAGGAAGCAGUGAACACGGGAAAACAUUGACACCUAUCAUAGUACUAGAAACGCACAGAGAUUCUUACAAAGAUUCAAAGGCCUGUGAUGAGGAUACCUCCACAUAUGGAAGUUUUUUCAUCAAACUACACAAACAUAUACCAGAGAAUAUUAAAAACCUUGUUUGUGAGCACUUUGAACUAGAACUUCCUCCACGAGAAAGAUCCCACGAUGAACUUAGAGAGCUUGAAAAACUUAGACGUUACAUUGCAAAAACUUUAGAAUCCCUUCCGCACUGGGGAGAAAGAGUACCAAAGCAGUGGUCUGAUUUCGAACAAAUUAUUCGCGAAAGACAAGGAUCGAAGAUAUCAUCUAAAGAUCAGCUUCAGAAAUUCUCAGAACACUUAACGCAGGAUGAAUUUAGUGAUAUUCUGAAAUUUUAUCACGAAAUUGGAAUGAUUCUGUAUUUUCCGGAUUUAGGUGAUGACAUUAUUUUGGACAUUCAGUGGUUUGUUGAUGCAUUCAAAUACAUUAUAACUGAUCGGAAGCAUGUACCAAUAAAAAUGGCCACUCAUGAAGAUUGGGAUCAAUAUUUUGAUGUCGGUAUGAUAACUGAAUCAUUGAUGCUCAAGAUUUGGAAGGAGAUUGGAAACAACUCCACUUAUGCCAGAUACCUGAAUAGGAUAACACCUUUUAUGGAGAAGCUUGGAAUCCUUGCACAAAUAGGUAAAAAAGACACGAGAGAAAACCAAUGCUACUAUAUCCCGAGCAUGAACAAAAGGCAAUUGAUGAAAGGGGAACAAUGGACAAGAUGGAAGAAGACACCAAUACUCUCAUUUUACUUCAAGACAUAUUUACCCCACUUCUUUUUCUUUCGCCUUGUUGUUGCUUGCUUUGCCCUUUUUGAUACCCAAGCAAAGGAGCUUUACAAAAAUAUAGCCUUAUUCUGCGGAGCUGAAAAAGAUGAGUAUCACACCGUUGCCAUUGCAGUCAACAAAACAUCAAUUCAAUUGCAGGUGCUCACUCCUCCGGGAAAUGGCAUACCGCUACGAACGGAAAGAACACGUGCUAUUCGUUUGAAAAUUGAAAAGAAAAUAUCAGAACUAACAAAAACAUUUCAUGGAAAUGUAGAUUACGAGAUAGGCUUCCCUUGUUCAUGUAAACCUAUUUUCAUCACAAAAGAAGACGAAAGGCAAUUUAUUUCUGAAAAAGAACUUUUGAAAAUUUCUGCAGAUUUUCCACCAUGCCCUAGGUGCAAAGUUCAUUCCGACAAAAGAAUAAACAAAAAACAACUUUUGGAGAUUUGGGGGGAAGCUGAGCUGUAGGACCAUGCGAUAUUCUAUUUUUAAGAUUUAUCUAUAACACUCGGUA